GAAGGAUUUUUAUCUUCUUUAACAAAGAAACAAAAACAAGAAAGCAAAUGGAGAUUCUGGGUUGUGUGACACAUUUUGUUUCCUUGAGUAAAAGAUACUGAAUUCAUAACGCUUGCGGUAUGAAGUUCUACCCAUGACAGUCCAGGAAGGCAAGCUAAGCAUCUUGGUUAUGUUAUGCAAUGCUCCAAGCAACAGGAUUGGCAAUUUGACCAGCUCCACACCAGAGCCUCUGUGCAGAUGACACUUGGACCUUCAGGCACAACCCCAGUUAUGGGUAACCAACACUUUAAAACUACAACCACAAAUACAGGUUCAGUUUUCCAAGCAAGACAGCUAAAGAACUGACCUAUAAAUCCUGUCAACUGAGGGGAUCUCAGUGGAUCACUGACUUCCUGACCAACAUCAACGAAACAUGAGGACAUGGGUAAGCACAGUUCAGGCCCUAUACCUGCCUGCUGCAGAUGUCGUUAAUACAAUGCACAGUCUGAAGGAAGCAUAACCAUGUCAUACAUACAUAUCCCGCUCAUAUCCUGCGCUAUCCUAUAUAAUCACCACCCAUUUCCAGUAACCUAUUGUAGAUACUUUCUUCUGGACAUUUUGUCUUUCAUUGUUGUUUACCGCAAACCAUCAGCGUUAUCACUUAGUACAAUUCUGAAUGUUUAAAUGUCCUUGAAGCAGAAAAAAAUUAAAUAGAUUCACUCUUGCAUCAUCCAUCGUUUUACCUCACCUCUUGGUGCUACAAAUCCUUGUGUCUACUAUAGCAUACAUGUGUCCUUCUGGUGUUCUCCGUCAGCCAAUAAGGUCAUGGCAAAACACGUGAUUUAUUGUGAGCUGCUUCAAAUCUGGCAGUAAAAUCCUGCCCUAUGAUUACAGCAGGCAGUCUAAAGGUCAACAUUGUUACUGUUGCAUUAUAUUGGCCACUAGCAGCUUGUUGCAUCUUUUCAAUGUAAACGUAAAUAACACAUAAAAAACCCAAACAGUUACAAAAAUGCACAGAACAAACUGCAAACCCAACAGAAAGGCACGUAACAUUAAACAAUGACCCACCAGGACCAGGAGACAAGGGCUGAACUAAAUACACAGACUAACAAGGAGAACAGCAACAGGUAAGGGGUUAAACACAGGUGGAUGGAAUGAACUAAUUAACUCAAACGUGAACAGGAAAGACCAAACAAUGACACGACAAACCAAGGACACACAGAAAACACAGCUGUGACCGUCCCACCCUGACACAAAUGAAUCACUCUGGAAGCCCCCACCUUAAUUUUCAUUGGAAAAAAGAAAUGUUCACACCACAAUUUGCUUAAAGACCAAUUGACGACAUUCUGACCAUAUCCUACAUAUCUCUAAGGCUGAACAGUUCAAACAGGCUGUCAUACACAACCUGAGCAAGAUCUCCCAGAUCUACACACUACAGUGAACCCAAAUAAUAAUCAAUGAAUAUCUUGUAUAUAUAAUAUUUCAUUCAAGUGAUUCCAGAGUGAAAGUUGUAAGCGUGUGCUGACUGAUUGCACAACUUACUCUUCUAGUCUCGAUCCAUUUUUAAAGAAGACAGUCUUCUGUGGUUUCUUUAGUAUCUGCAAUCUAGGACACCAUCGAGAUUGAAAUGCCAUGACCUGGUUUAAACCUACUCACCAAUCUUCGCUUAUUGCAUUGUUCUAAUUUCAACUCCGACAAGAUAUGUUGAUAACUGUUUGGAACACACUUUAGUAACUAUCGCCCUAUGAAAUAAAGAAACAAUGAAGCCUUCUGUGGAACAGGAGCACAGAGGGAUCAGGAGGGAUAACAGGACAAGCUUUUUGUCAUGUCUCAGGGGGCUGUUAUCAGGUAGCACAGUCUUUUCUUAAAGUCUGGUGGUUUAUAAAAGGGAAAGGGAAGUGUGUGUGUGUGUGUGAUGCAAUGUUCUUUUUUCCUAAGGAGGAGUGUAUAUAAAGAGGACGGACCAUGCAGGUGACUUUACUGACUCAUUUAAGUCACACCUUCUGGGAGAAAGCGAUAGGAAAUUAAUUCAGUUGGUUUAGCAUAGUAGAACCUCUGGUGAGUUUAUUGUAUAUCAGAUAUUAAAUAUUAGCCAGUUCACAGACGCCAGUGCAUUAGUGACUAGGUGAGUAAAGUGCCUCAACGAUUCCGGAAUAACCUGAAAUCAGUUCAGUUAUCAGAAGGUGUGAACCUGAAAAAAAAAGUACAGCAGGUGAGACAUUCGUCAGGUCAUUUAAAUCGGAAGAGGGUAGAUUCAGACAGUUUGCAAUUCAGGUAACCAGUUUCAAACUGACUGAAUGACUGGGUGAACAAUUGAAGAGGGAUUCAUACAGAGACUGAGGAACUAGUGGAUUCAGAUAUAGAGACACUGACCUGUUGCACUCCAGGUGAAGCAGUACCAGUAUGCACAGCUCUUCAAACGUGGUCCAGUGCCUGCUGCUGAUCCUCCUUCUAGCCGUGAAGGGUCAGGACGGUGCAAGGUCAAGCUGUUCGAAAGAUGAUAUCUCUGUCUGUGUGGAUAUGGUGAAACUGCAGCGGCUGAUCCAGAAUGUCCAGAAAGUCUUUAACACGACUCAUGAUGAAAGGAUCCUGCUUCAGGCAGUCACCUUCGACAAGAUCAAGAAGCACAAGACGUAUCACGGCUGUGUCCUGCUGAAAAUCCUGGACUUCUAUGAGCAGGUUCUCCAAAGACAAGACGUAGAUUAUACUCACCUGCGGGGACUCCUGGAUGAAGUCAAGGACUGUGUUCCAAGGAACAAGACCUGUAAAAUCCUGUACCAUCAAGCAGCUGAGAAGAGAGUGAACAAGGCGAAGAUAGACCAAGACCUGGAGUUGCUGUCGAAGGACAUAACCAUUCUACAGCUGCAGAAACUGCAGGCAGCCAGAAAAAAGGUGGUUAGGAAGUCUGAAAAGGCAACGCUGGACAAGGCCAUGGCAGAGUUACAGCAGCUGGAUGAGUACAUCACAGGGAAGGGCCUCCGGAAGGGGAGAAUGAGCUCCUAAUCCGACCGGUGGUGACGAAGCACUUGGGACACUUUCCGAGUACAUUUCAGAAACGUGUAGUCCUAUCAUCAACCGAAAACCUGCGUACACACUCGUGCAUCGGGUUACCGUGACGUAGCCUACGCACAGCCACGCGUUGUCGUGACUACGUACUGUGGCCCGGCAUACUGCUUUGUUUGUCGGCUUUGCUGUCUUUUUGACCGUUUUGCUUGUUUCUGUGUUGUUUUUGUUUUUUCAAUGUUCCGAUAUUUCAGUGAGAAAUUUGGUAUUUGUUUUAUUUGCUUCGGGUAACAUUUAACAUUUUUAUUGACUCGACAUUUAAUGUUGAAUUUUAGGACUAUAAUAUAGAAAACGUAUUUCCUUUAGCAACUGUUAGGUAUGGAGCCCUGGAGGUGACAUUCAAUUAGAUAUUUUUUUUAUAAAACGUGCUCUUUUUUUUUAAACGUGCUUGCGUGUAGGCUACUAUGCAUAGGAUGCACUUAUUUGGUGUUUUGCUUUUCUACAGAAAUAUGUUACUUUUUAUUUAAGGUAAGUGAAAGCACACAGAAAACACGUGUUUUCUCAAGAUAUCUGUACUUUCAGUGAAAGAUUCAUGCUGUAAAUUGUAAAUGCAGGCCUUCAGCUAUAGAUUAAGCAUGCCAGCAUAUCAAUGUAUGUUUUGUUUUUCUAUGAAAACCCUUGUCUGCAAAAAUAUACUGAGCCUGAUUAAUGUA